AUGCCUAUCAACUACCUGAUUCUGCUUUCGCGGCAGGGCAAAGUCAGGCUUGCGAAGUGGUUCACGACACUCUCACCCAAGGAGAAGGCCAAGAUCAUUAAAGAUGUUUCCCAGCUCGUGCUGGCACGGCGGACGAGGAUGUGCAAUUUUCUGGAAUACAAGGAUUCGAAGAUAGUCUACCGCCGUUACGCCUCUCUAUUUUUCAUUGCCGGGUGCAAUUCAACCGAUAACGAACUGAUCACUCUCGAAAUCGUACAUAGGUACGUCGAGCAGAUGGACAAAUACUAUGGCAAUGUCUGCGAGUUGGAUAUCAUCUUCAACUUCCAAAAAGCAUACUUCAUUCUAGACGAGCUGUUAUUAGCAGGGGAAAUGCAGGAGAGCAGCAAGAAGAAUGUUUUGCGAGUUAUCUCAGCUCAAGACUCAAUAGAGGACACGGAGGUCGACGAAGAGGUCACGAAGAUCAUGUGA